AUGGCGCCGCUGCAGGCACUCCCGGUCACGGGGGCGCGGCGGCACAGGAGCAGCAAGUCUGGCGGCGGGCACGGCGGCGAUGACUCCGGCGACUGCGGGUGGAUCUGCAGGGGCUCGCUGACUGUGGUGGCGGCCGCCAUGCUGGCCACGCUGGUCACGUUCACCUGCAUCAAUGCGUACAUGCACGGCCUCGCGCCCCCGCCCUCCGCCGCCGACGCGCUGCCCGGCGGCGCCCGCGGCGCCCGCGGCGCGGCCAGCACGCGCGCGCUGGCAAUGGUCCCGCCCGGCGGCGUCGUGACCAUCGGCGGCGGCGGCGGCGGCAGCGGCAUCGCGGCGCCAAAGGCGGCGCGGCAGCCGUUCAAGCACCCGUUCCCAGACCAGGCGUACCGCAUCUUUUCGAUCCCGCCCCACGACGACUCGCCGCGCUGCAGCCAGAGCAAGAUAUGCGACGGCGAUCACAGCUGCGGCCCUGAUGGGCUGGGGUGCAUGACGGACGCGCACCAGCGGAAGAUGAAAGUGCGGGAGGCAAUCCGCUGGAGCUGGCAGGGGUACAGGAAGUACGCCUGGGGCGACGACGAGGUCAACGUGCUGGGCCGCACCCCCAUGGCCUGGUUCAGGCUGGGGCUGACCAUCGUGGACGGCAUCGACACGCUCAUGAUCGCGGGGCUGGAAGAGGAGUAUCAGGAGGCGCGGCACUGGAUCGCCAAUCACCUGCAUUUCCCGGACCAGUCCAUAGUCCAGGAGCAGCAGCAGCAGCAGCAGCAGCAGCAGCAGCAGCGGCGGCAGCGGCAGCAGCGGCAGCAGCGGCAGCCGCAACAGCAGCAGCGGCAGCAGCAGCAGCAGCAGCAGCGGCAGCGUCAACAGCAGCAGCGGCAGCAGCAGCAGCAGCAGCAGGGCCAGCAGCAGCGCAGGUAG